AUGCAGCCCCAACUCUACCCAACGAAAUGGAGAAAACAGAAGGAUUUAAACGGGCUAGGACCCGUUCCCACCGUCGAGGUUUCAUGGCUCGACGAGCCUACGGCAGUGCCUGCGUUCAUCAGGUCGUCAUCGUCGCCUACGCCGCGGGAGUUUCGCUUGCGACGCAACCGCCAUGCCACGAAGGCUAGGCCGCCCACGAGGACGGCACCGCCUACGCCAACGACGACACCGAUGAUGAUUCGUUUGGACGAGUCGCUGAGGCCGGAGGAGGCGCGGCCGCCGUUAUUGUCGUUGCUUAGGCCGGGGGCGGGGGAUUGGCCUGGUGUUAUGGUUGAGGCGGAGGUUUGUUCAAAAGUGCUGCCACUGAUGGUGAUGGUAUUGGUGACGAUGACGACGGAGGAUUGUGUUGGUUGGGGAGAGUUGGUUCGCGGGGGAGGGGUGGUUCGGUUUGUUGUUUUGGUUGGAGUUUCGGAGCUGGUAGUUUUGGGAGGGGGUUCGUUUGUGCUUGAAGUGGUUGGAUUUUCGGGCUCAGAGGUGGUUGGUGGUUCUGGCGUUGAGCUGGAAGUCGAGGAGGUUGUGGUCGUUGUUGGUUCGUCGGUUGGAGAUGGGGAGGCUGUUUGUGACUCGUCGACGCUGACACUGUCUCUUUCUGCCAUUAUUGAUCUCGCGCAGCAACGCGAUGCCAGACGAGGCUGA